AUGCAUCGAGGAGAUAAAGGAGAAGAAAAAAAAGAUAUUUCAAAACAACCUACGGUUGGAGUAGAACAUAAUAAUACAUCGGUUGGUCGAUCGGAGUCUAGUUUACAAAAAUCUUCUAUAGUUUCGUCUACCACUACCUCUUCACAAACCCCUCGUCGAUAUUCUUCUUCUUCUACUCGUAGUUUUGAGAACAAUGAUUAUUAUACGACGUCCUCGAUUAAUCAACGGGUAUCUUCUUCAAUGUCUUUGUAUGGUCGAGGUCAUAAUGGUUACAAUCGAGGUCUUUCCCGUAGAAUAUCAAUAAAUUCUUCAAUAUCUAAUUUUAGCACAAUGUCCGAAACUUCCUUACCUUGGACUACCAAGGAUAUCGGGUUUAAUGCGAUUUCUGGGGUUCUUAAUAAUCCAAAUUCGAAAUCCUCAAACACAGUAAAACCUUCAAAGAAUGAUAUUCCUUCUGUACCCCACACUGUUAUAAGAAAAGUGAAACCCGCCGAUUUUAAUAAUUACAUUAAACAAAUUACUCCAGUAUUUGAAAGAUAUAAUCAUAAUAAAGAAAUUGGAACCAAUGAUUUGGGAAGUUCGAUAUCUACAAAAUCAGAAGAAUUUACGAACGUCACAACUACCACUAAUAAUAUAUUAUCAAAUAAUUUAAAAAAUUUACAAACUAGUGAUGGAAAUGAAAAUAUUAUUGAGAUACCUGUACAUAGACAAGAAAGUACACGAAAUCCAUAUUCAGUUAUUAUACCUCCUACUCCAACUUCAACUGGAGAUGAUCGUCCAAUAGAACCAAUAAUUGAAUUACCAUUUCUUGAAACAGUUCCUUCCAUAUUUUUUGAAUCAGAUUUUAAUUUAGAAAAUCCAAGAACAUUUGAUAUAGUAUGUGAAAAUACUGAUAUUAUUGAAGGAAAUCCUAAUAACUUGGGAGUUUCUACAAAUGCUAUUCUUCAAGAAAAACUUUCACAUUAUUUAGAUACAGUUGAAGUUCAUCUUAUUAAAGAAAUAUCUUUAAGAUCUUCUUCAUUCUUUGCAGCUUUAUCAAAUCUUCAAGCACUUCAUUCUGAAACAUUAGAAUGUGUAUCACAAAUUAAUAGUUUACGUCAAAAAUUAGCGAGUAUAGAUAAUUCACAGGCUAAACAAGGGUUAGAAAUCGUAAGACUAAAAAGACGUUAUGCGAACAUGGGUAAACUUUAUGAAGGUAUAAAAAUGGUAACAGAAAUUAGAUCAACUCAACCUAUGAUACAAACAUUAUUAAGUCAAGGGGAUUAUUUUUCAGCUUUGGAUUUAAUUGAUGAAACGAAUACUAUUUUACAUGGAGGAGAUCGAGUUCAGAUAGAAGAAAUAAAUAAUGAUCGAAAUUUAAAAACUUCAAUUUUGUCACCUAGACAAACAUCAGUUCGUCGAUUAAGUAAUGUAGUAGAAAAAACUAAUAUACUUGAUUUAAGAGGAGUUAGAGUAUUAAUACAUUUUAGUGGACAAUUAACAGAAAUGUAUAAGAUGAUUGGUGUAAUGAUAGAAAAUGAUUUAUUAAAUAUGUUAUUCCUUGAUUUUGAAGAACAAUCACCUGACAUGAGUGAACAAGAAAAAUUGAAAAAAAGAAUAGCACCACUUAUCUUGGGACUUUAUAGGAUGAAUCGUUUCUCACUUGCAUUACAAGCUUAUCGAGAAAGAAUGAUGGAAGAAAUUAAAAAAAUAAUUCAAAUACAAAAGCAUUUACCAUCACCAAUAUUACUUUCAGAACAUAUGGAUGAUCAAAUAAAGGAUUUACCAAAUGAACAAGGUUCGAAAUUGUUAAAAGGAAUGACAUUUGAUGCAUUCUUAGACAUGUUAUUGUCUAUAUACACGAUUUUACUUGAAGGAAUAAAUUGUAUUUCUAUUUAUCAUGAACUUUUCUCUGAUAUUCUAAGUGAAGCACAUAAUUCCGGAUUAGAACUUAAUUUUGGUUCAGAAUUGUUUAAUACUGAAAAUGAAUCAUUACAAAAGAACGUUGAACCUAAUCCAUCAAGCAGUUCAAGAUUUAGUACUGCUUUAAAAAUAACGACCGAUUUGAAUUCUAAUUUUAUGCAGUUAUUAUCUGAUUCAUCACAAAUAGUUUUUGCUGCUGCAGAUCUUGCACAUGUAAGAUGUGCUAACUUGAUAGCAGUUCGUGCGGAUCAAAAUGCUCAAUUAAAUCAAAAAGAUUUUUAUCGAUUAUUUAAUGUGACUUGGGCAUUUGUAUUAGAAUGUGAAAGUUUAUGUGGACAGAUAACCCUGGUUGAAAAUGAGCAAUGGGUUCAAGCCGAAGUUCCAAUUGAUUUUCAAAAAAUUGUUAAUAAAAUAAUUGUGGCAGCGACGAAUGGAUUAAAUGAUUUCAAAGAUGAUUUAUCAGAUCCAUUAUCAUCUCCAUUGUCACCAACAUUUCCUUUUACUCGUACGUCUUUUCAAAUUGAAGAUAAAUCUCGAACUUCUAAUGGUAAUACAGAACAAAGAUCUUCCAAUAAUUCUAAUAAUAAUAAUUCGACCGGAAAAUUAAAUAACACUAGUAGUCGAUAUAUUUUUGUUGAACAUCGACAAUUCUUUGUUGUUGGAUGUAGUUUAUUACUCAUCAAGAUGAUCGGUGAUUAUCUAAGAUUGAUUUUAGGUGCUGGAGCCAUGCGUUCAGCUGGUUUAAAGAAUAUCACUGCCAAGCAUUUAGCUCUCACAUCGCAAUCUCUUGGAGCAAUGAUUGCAUUAAUACCAUUCAUACGAGAAUGUAUUCGUCAUAAUCUUAAUUCCAAACAAAUAGUAAUGCUGACUGAAUUUGAUCGUAUUAAAAGAGUAGUUUCAAUAAUGGAUGACCGUUUAAGUAACCACCUACGAUCGUUCCAGUCAAUCAAUUGGGAUAAUACAAAUGUAGUAGAAAGCCCCAAUAGUUAUAUGGAAUCAUUGGUAAAAGAAACUACUACGUUAAAUAAGGUUUUAAAUAAAUAUCUUCCACCAGAAUUUUUGAAGAAUGUGAUGUUUGAAAUUUACAAAUCCUCAAUUCCUAAAUUAUCUGAAGAAUUUUCUAAAUUAAAUGUUUAUACACCUGCUGGAAAAAAACAGGUUUUAACUGAUGCAAAAUAUUAUAUCUCAAAAUUAUCUUCAUCGGAGGGACUUCAAGAUUUAAUCGACGGAUUAGAGAGUACAGUCAAUGAUUUGCAAAUUAAAGAGGAAACGAUAAUUCAAAAUUCAUUAAGUUCAAAUGCUGAAACAUCACCAGUUCAAAUAUGGCUAAAAACUUCUUGGACAUAUUUUCCACUUGUAGAAGAAUUUCUAAGACAAGGAUUAUUUUCCUCCAAAUUAACCAAUUAUGAAAUAUACAAAUCAGCUCUUGAUAUAAUAGAAAAGGAAAAAUUCUUAUCUACACCUACAACCAAAUCAUUAUUUGAAUUUGGUCUCUCAUUACAUACCAAAGCACCCACAAUUCAAUCAUAUUAUCAUUAUUAUAAUUCAACAAUAAUUCCAACCAAAAAACUUUCCAAUGAGGAAUUUAAUUCGGAAUGUAAUGUUUGGGUUGAUUGGUAUGGUAAUCAAGCUUGUAAUGUUGAAAGUUUAACCAAAUUUAUUGAUACUAAAUUGGAUAUAUUAAAAUAUAUUCCACCUAAAGAAAAUCAAGAAUCAUUAUAUUUAUCAGGAUAUGGAGUAGAAUUGGCUUUAAAAAAUACAGAUUAUAUUGUGAUUGAUGAUCGUAAAGUAGAAGCAGAUAUUUCCGAAAUCAAACCUCUUAAAGCUGGUGAAAUUAAGAGUUUGGGAGUCAAAACAGCACAGGUUAUAUUGGAAUCAAAAGAUCCAUUGAAGACACUUACACAAUUAUCACAAGAUUUCCCAAAAUAUUCACAUUAUAUAUCUCAAGUACCAUUGAGUUAUUCAUUAGGACAGGAAAUUGGAAUGAAUCAAGAAAAUUCACGUUUAGAACCAAAUUCAUUUUGGCUUAAUGGAUUAGUAAUAAAUCCUUUAUCUGUUGAUCCAUUUAGUUUAUUAAAAUUAUUAUGCCGUGAACGUCAAACGAUUUCAUCGUUUCUAAAUCUUGGUUUAAAUCCAGGUCAAGCGAUAGGAAUACUUUCAUCACCAAUUAUAUCCGAAGCUCAAUUAUCUCAAGAUUCUCCAAGAGGCGUUUUUGAUGUUCGACAAUUACGAAUGAUUCGCAAGAAUAUAUAUUCAAUCUUAUUUAUAUUAGAUCUUUCAUCUCCUGAAAAUCUAAAUAUCAUAGUUGACCAUGUAAAUAAUUUUAUAUCCCGAGAUAUUCCUUUAAGGUUUGGUUUUAUACCUCUUUUUUCCAAAGAUCAAUCUGAUGAAAUUCGAAAACCAUCAAAAGACGAAUUUUUAAAAAUAGUUGAACAAGAAUUCAAUAAAUUAAUUGAUAAAGAAGUACCCAAGAAUGAGAAAUUGGUUAAUUCAUUUGAAGAAAUUAUAAAUGGCAAUAAUGCUUUAGUUGAAGAACAAAUUUAUGAAUCAUCUAAUUUUAUUAAAAGAUUUAAAAUAAAUACUUAUGAGAGAGGUGUUUUAUUUAUUAAUGGAAAAUUUUUUGAUUUGGAUGAGGCAUAUAUUGGAGAAAUUAAUGAUGAAACCAAUAUUUAUGAAUAUUUAUUAACAUUACCAAAUAUUCCUAAUAGAAGGAAUCCUUAUAUUUUUACAUCUGAACUUCAACCUUUGCAAGUAAUUAAUCUAGCUGAUGAUAAUAAUGUCAAUGAUGGAUUUUCUUUGGUUGAUAAUUUGAAAUAUGUUCAUUCUGAGAUUGAUGACAAAGUUCCAGUCACCAUAAUUUUAAUUUCAGAUUUUAAUAAUGUGAAUGGUAUAAAUCAAAUAAUAGAAGCUUUAAAAUAUUUGAAAUCUACGAAAAAUGUUCGGAUUUCAUUUAUUCAUCAACCAAAUCAAUUAUCGACCCAAUCAAAUUCGGAAAACCAUUUCAAUCCAUCUACAAUGAUUUAUCAUUUAUUAUACGAAGACGAACCAAUUACAUCAAAUUCUUCACAUUUUCAAUAUAUAUUUGAAGAAUAUUUAGAACAUUUAGAGGGAAAUUCUAGAUUUGGAGGGGAUGAUGAGAAACAGAUUCCAAUUGGACAGUCUUUCUAUAAUUUAGCUCAUUCUUUGGGAUGGCAGAUUAUUGAAAAUCUUAAAGCCGAGAAAUUUUGGCAAGAUUUAAGUUAUUUGAAAAAUUCAAUGAAAUUUGAAAAAGAUAAAACAACUAUUAUUGUAAAUGGUAGAAUAAUUGGACCUUUUGCUCAAGAUGAUAUUUUCAAUGAUGAUGAUUUUAAAUUAUUAAUUGAUGUUGAAUUAUCCGAACGAAUAUUGCCUGUUGUGCAGGUCUUGGAUGAAUACAAAUUAAUAGAAUUAGAAGGCGAUGAUUAUUCUAAUUUCAUAGCAAAAAUUUCAUCAAUUAUAUCAGCAUCUAGUGUAUCAGAUAUUCCAAUUGGGAUUUUUGAUGAACAAGAACAUAAACGCGACAUCACGUUUAUGAAAUUAAGAGGUGAUAAAAGUCGAAUUAGAAUUGGUAACGCGAAAGAUGCUGUUUAUCAUAUUAUGGCUGUUAUUGAUCCAAUAAAUGAUGUAUUAUUAACAUUAGGAAUGGAUGUCAUUUCAUCAUGGCUUGUUACACCUAAAUCAUCAAUAUAUGAUCUUGAUAAUAUUAAAUUAUCAAAUUUAGAUAUUAAAUCACGAACCAAAGGAAUUGAAGCAAUUUUUGAAUUAAAAAAUAUUUUACUCGAAGGACAUGCACGUGAUUUAACAUCAAAUAAUAGACCACCUAGAGGACUUCAAUUACAACUUGGAACCAAUAGUUAUCCUUCUAUGGUUGAUACUAUAGUUAUGGCGAAUUUAGGUUACUUUCAAUUAAAAGCGAAUCCUGGUGUUUGGACUUUAAGUUUAAGAGAAGGAAAAUCCACUGAUAUAUUUGAUAUUCAAAGUGUUGGUAGUGAAGGUUGGUUGAGUAGAAAUAUAAGUGAAAUUGGUAAUGAAAUCGUUUUAAAUGGUUUUGAGGGAUUAACUAUUUAUCCAAGAAUGAUUAGAAAAUCUGAUGAAAAAAAGAAAGCUGAAAUCAAUAUUUUCUCUGUGGCUUCUGGACAUCUUUAUGAAAGAUUUCUUUCUAUUAUGAUUCUUAGUGUACUUCGACAUACGAAUAGUACUGUCAAGUUCUGGUUUAUUGAAAAUUUCUUAUCUCCUUCUUUUAAGGAUUUUAUUCCUUACAUGGCAAAAGAAUAUAAUUUCGACUAUGAACUUGUUACAUAUAAAUGGCCACACUGGUUACGUGCACAAACUGAAAAACAAAGAACUAUUUGGGGUUAUAAGAUCCUAUUUCUUGAUGUACUUUUUCCAUUGGAUCUGGAUAAAGUAAUUUUCGUUGAUGCGGAUCAAAUUGUGCGUACUGAUCUUAAAGAAUUGGUAGAUAUGGAUUUACAAGGUGCUCCUUAUGGUUAUACUCCAUUUUGUGACAAUCGACCUGAAAUGGAUGGUUUUAGAUUUUGGAAUCAUGAUUUACAAAAAUUCCGUCAUAUGGCUGCUGGUGAUAAUUUACGUGGACAAUAUCAAGCUCUUAGUGUUGAUCCAAAUUCUCUUUCUAAUUUGGAUCAAGAUUUACCGAAUAAUAUGCAACAUUUAAUUCCAAUUUUUUCUUUACCUCAAGAUUGGUUAUGGUGCGAAACUUGGUGUAAGCCUAAACUUGAUAGAGCAAAAAGACAAAUUCCUGAAUGGGAAUCAUAUGAUAAAGAAGUCGCUAAUUUGGCUGCUAGAAUUGCUCAACAAAAAGAUUCCAUUUUAGUGAGUAAUGAAAUUCAAGACCAAAAGAUUACAGAGACUAAUGCUAAUGAGAUUAAGACUAAUGACGAGGCUAAUGAGGCGAUCAAUGAUGAGACCAAUGCUGUGUUUUAUGAUGAUGAUAAUAGUAUGAUUUCUGAUGAUGAGACUAAUGAUGAGAGCAAAGAGAAAAUAAUUGUAAAAGAAUCUACUAAUUUCAUUUCAUCUACAAUUUAA